UGCACCACUCGCCACUACCACACCAUCUUUUUCUCUUUGCUCUAUAUUCUAUAUUCCACACUUGUUUCAACCACCUCCCUCUUCUCCUUCCCUCCAUCUGUAUCGACAUGAUGAUGAAGCCUUCACGAGGGAAGCUUCCUCUCUCGAUCAUCGCCACUGUAAUCUGCGUCUUCGCUUUCAUCGCCGUCUUGUACACUGAAGAUGCCGGCUCCCUCUCUUACUACUCUUCUGUUAUCAAACUCAAAUCUUGCACCAAGCAGGAACCAGUUGCCACUUCUCAUCAUGAUCAGUCACGUAAUGUGGAGAAAAGGGCUCUUCCAGUUAUAGAAGACAACACUGAUGAUGAUCUCGACGUCGUGGGUGAAAAGGAGGAGUUCGAUCCCAACAAGUGCAGUGUUUUUAAAGGGAAGUGGGUGUUCAACCGUUCGGCCAAGCCUUUGUACUCGGACAGGACCUGCCCAUAUCUAGACAAGCAAGUUUCCUGUGUCAAAAAUGGAAGACUGGAUUCUGAUUAUCGUUACUGGGAAUGGCAGCCGGACGAAUGCAAUCUGCCCAGGUUCAACCCCGAGGUUGUGCUCGAGAAACUGAGAGGAAAGAGGUUGAUGUUUGUCGGAGACUCGCUGCAAAGGGGUCAGUGGCAAUCCUUUGUUUGUCUGGUUGAAUCUCGUAUACCAGAAGGUCAGAAAUCCAUGCGACGAGGCCGGUCUCACUCUGUCUUCAGGGCGAAGGAGUACAAUGCUUCAAUUGAGUUUUACUGGGCACCCUUCCUUGUUGAGUCCAAUUCUGAUCUCCGUAUAAAACCAGAUCCAAAUGACAGAAUAUUGAAAGUAGACUCGGUGGACAAACAUGCAAAAAACUGGGUAGGACCCGAUAUCCUUGUGUUCAACACCUACGUCUGGUGGAUGAGUGGUCUGAAGAUCAAGUCACUAUGGGGUUCAUUUGCAAAUGGCGAAGAGGGGUUCGAGGAAUUGGAAGCACCGAUUGCGUAUAGGAUUGCCUUGAAGACAUGGGCGAAUUGGGUCGAUUCAUACAUUGAUCCCAACAAGACUCGUGUCUUCUUCACCACUGCGUCCCCCACACACAUGAGAAGCUCGGAUUGGAACAAUAAGAAGGGAAUUCGAUGCUACAAUGAGACACGACCAAUCUUGCAGAAGGGCUACUGGGGAAGUGGUUCUGAUCGACGAAUGAUGGGCGUGGUAAGAAGCAUUGUGGAGAGAAUGAAGAUCCCUGUGUCUUUCAUCAACAUAACACAAAUCUCAGAGCACCGAGUUGAUGGGCAUACAUCGGUUUACACUGAAUACCAAGGAAAGCUUUUAACAGAUGAGGAAAAAACAGAUCCAAAGAAAUAUGCAGACUGCAUACAUUGGUGUUUGCCGGGAGUGCCGGAUACAUGGAAUCAAUUGUUCUACGCAUACUUGUAACCCAUAAGAAGGAGACAGAAGUAACUUCUAUUACAACUUUCAACAACUAUGAUUAUCAAUUAUACAUUGAUUUUUUUCGUCCAAA